GUGUGUGUGUGUGUGUGUUUCUUUGGGACACUAUUGUAAAGACCUGUGAUGUGUCCUCUCUGGUAUUUGCCAGAUUAAGUGAGAGGGAGCGCACCUCUUUAGCAGAUGGAUAAUAUAGAGUUCUCACGUUUAUCUUAAUAUUCUCAUUCAGUGUUUUUUCAUUAUACUGCCCAAAAUGAUGUCCAAGGCGCCAAGUGCAGUAGGCUGAUUCGGGAAACAGCUUGUUGACUUGUCAGGUGGCCUGAUACCCUGGUCAACUCUAAGACCAACAAACCUGCACAGAAGACAGGGGGGAAGGAACCAGCAGCAUUAACUGUACCUGCAUCUAAUAGAGGUAAACAGGCAGGUAGCUGUACGAAUAAAACCAACAUUAGUGUUGGAAGGAGCAAAAGCCUCAGCAGUAGAGGUAGUGAUUCAACUACUAGCGGCAGUAAGGCUGAUGGCAGUUUGAAAAGCGGCAGCCAGGGUUCCAGACAAGCAUCUCGCCCGGCCAGACCAGCUUUUCGCCUCUGCAGCAGCCGCAGCUUCUCGUCCCUCCACACCUCCUCUCUCACCGCUUCUCCGUUCAUGAGAAGCAGCCGCUCUCUCAGCAGACUCGACCGAAGAUCCACUGGAGGCGAUUCAGACCAUGCAGUUUCAAGUUCACAAGUCAAAAAAGGACAAACUGCUGAAAAAAGAGCUCUGUAUUCUGGCCAGCUGUUCUCCUCUGAUGAGCAAAUCAGGGAUAACAAAGACCAGUGUCAUGGCGAUAAAGCUGAUAAAAUGAAAACAAGCAGCUCCUCUGAGCCACUGGACUCUUCCUCCUCUUUGGUUUCUACCACUUCAAGUCAUCGUCACUGCAACAAAGUAAAGAAACAGCCCGCACUGUUUAACUUUAAUAAAGGAUGGAUGAUGCGGAAGGAUGCAUCUGGUCAGUGGCAGAAACACUGGUUUGUCCUGACUGACCAAAUCCUGAAGUUUUAUAAAGAUUCAAUAGCUGAGGAGGCAGCUGAUGUGGACGGUGAGGUAAACUUGUCCACAUGUUUUGGCUUCAAAGACUACCCAGCUCAGAAGAGCUGUGGUUUGGUUGGUCAUACCAGAGACGGAGUGUACGCACUCGGUGCUAUGACCUCUGGGAUGAGACACAACUGGGUCCAAGCAGUGUUGAAGAAUGUGAGGCCCAGUCUUACUCUUGAAUUCACAAGCUCCCUUUCAGUGCAAGAAACUCAUCAGAAAUCACAGCAUGCAGACUCACAGUCAGCUGAGGGUCUGGAGCAAGCUGAACACCCAAACAGCUUUUUGCAAGAGCACAAAACCAGUGAAAGUGUAGAGGAAACACAUCAACAGCAGAAAAAACAGGUCAAACUGCAGGCGGAAACAGAGGAAAGUUCUGCUGAUGCAUCGGCAAUGAUCGCCUCCUCCUCUGCUCCUCCACCGCAGGGUGAAGGUGUGACAGAUGUAUCAUCGUGUGUAGAAGGAGCUGGAAGUGACAGUUCUACCUCCGCAACAUUGCUUUCAAAUCUUGAGUUUUGGGAGCAACAAGUAUUGACAAACGCAACAUGUGAGGACACAAAGGAGAAGGAUAAAUUGCCCUGUGAGCAGCAAACUAGACAACUUGUCAAAGAGCUGGAACAAACACAGAAGGAACUCUCUCAAAUGCAGCAGUUAAACUGGGAUCUGCAGGAAGAGCUAAAACGAGAGAGAGAGAAGCCUUCCAAGGAAAGGGUGAAUGCACAGAACUAUCCUUUCUCCAACUCGUCUUCGGAACAAGCAUUGGCUUUACAGCGGCUGCAGAAGAUAAACCAUGACCUCCACUUUAAGCUUGAGGCUCAAAAGAGUAGCCAGGAGGAAGCCAGGGAAGAUGAAUUAAGACGAAGGGUGGAUCUCUUAGCUCAACAAGCGCAGCUACUGGUCACAGGAGACGCCACAGCACUUGCACAAGCCCAUCUGGAGCAAGAUCGUCGGCAGUUUCAUGAGCAGCAGAUGGAGUGGGAGCAGUGCGUGGCGUCCCUGAAGGCCCAGCUGAGUGCCAGUGAGGAGCAGAGGAGGGAGGCUGGGUUGCGCCUCGCACAGCUGCAGCAGGAGUUGCAGAGUUUCCACAGUCUCCAGCAGGACGCUGAUCGCUUGAACAAACAUCUCCAAGAGGUGACAACUCAACUUCAUGCUAAUGAGGAAGCACAGGCUCAAAAGGAGGCUCGCCUGCAGAAGCACCUCACACUCCUUCAAGCAAGUCAGGACAGAGAAAGGAGGAGCUUCGCCGCUAGCCUGGCACAGGCAGAGCAACACUCACACGACCUUCAGAAGAGACUGGACACGGCUGAACAGCAGGUUGAGAGCCUGAAUAAGACUCACACCUGGAACAGGGACAUUGAGGAGGCUCAACAACAACUUCAAGAGGAGCUAACGUGCACAGUAUCCGCUGUGCAGAAUCUUCAAGAUGAAAGAGAGCAGAUAGACCGUCGCUGUCGAGAGCUGCAGAACCAGUUAUGUGAGGCAGAUGAGGAGGUGGGCAGGCUGCAAAGCCGCUUGAAAACCGAUGAGACGCACUACUACAAUCUUGAGCACUCAUACGAGAGAGUUAGUGAGGAGCUGCAGCUGGCCUUAGGAAAGGUGCAGCAAAAGGAGUCUGAAACACAGGACAUACGAGAAGGCUAUGAGAGACUCCUGGACAGGAAGGAGCAAGAGCUGAGUGAAGUUUUGCUGAAGAUGGAAGUCCUAGGUAAUAGCCUUGAGGAGACGGAAGUGAAGCUGAAUGACGUAUUGAGAGGCUGCACUUGUAACUUUUCUCAGCUGAAGGAUGAGAACAUUGAGAGACAGACAACUGAUCUUCUCACUUUAAAUGAUAGCCGGCCGAAUGCAAGAGAUUCACAUGCAGUUGAACAUGCAGAAGAUUAUCCAGAAAGAUAUAUGUCUGUGAUCCAGAUGCUUGAAACCAAGCUUUAUGUAACAGAGGAGAAACUAAGGGACAUCAUGCAAAGACUGGAGGAGCACCAGAGUCACAUCAGUUGCCAGGACCCCCACCUUUGCUCCCAGCUAACUCAAAGCCGAGCCACCACUCAGCACCUCAGUCUGCUGCUCCACAGUCGGGCCAAGCAGAGCCAGCGAUUCGCCCAGGAGACAGAAAACCGCUGCAGGAUGUUGGUCGGCAGGUUUCAGGUUGCACUGAACAUCAUACAAGUCUGCAGAGAGAGGCUCCAAGCCACUCCAAUUAAUAUCACGGACUUUGAGAAUCAAUUAGCAACCGUUGCAGCCUGCCUUCAGCAGGGAGAGAAAGAUGCAGAGAAACAACAGCAUGAAUCACACAAUGAAAGCAAAGGAGAGGACAGGAUCCUCAAUGAUGAGACAUUACCCUGCGCUGACAGCAACAUUAGUGCUCAAAGUGAACCCCCAAGUGAUGACAUGCAAAGUGUUGGGAAGUGUUUAACGAGGGAAGUAUUUGUUGUAGAAAAAAUGGUGUCUGUCCUUCAGAGUCAACAUGGCAUUGGGCAACUAUCCUUUGCAUCAAGGGAGGAUGUGGGGGAUUUGGCACAAAAGUACAAAAACAUAAUCUCCCAAAGAAUAGCCCUAAAAACAGAAAAAAGGACUGGGAGAGCAGAAUGUGACAACAGUGAACCUUUAGAGAGGGCCAUUGUUGGAGUCUGUGCUGAAGCGGAACUCAUUUAUACUGCCUUAAAAGUUCAACAUCAAUAUGAGAGCAUGACUCAAGUAAAUAAUCAAGAAGUGGAGCCUCAAAGGAAGAGUCUGGCAGACAUCACCCCCCCAGAGUUGGCUUCCUAUAAGGAGCAAGUGAAGGGAGAGGGCAGAGGUUCAGAAGGAGCUGCAAAACCAGUUGAAAGGAUUGAAUCUGAUGUCCAAAAGGUAGAGGAAAAGAAAGAACCAGACUGGUUGGAGAGACUAAUAUCCCGGCUACAGAAAAGGGCAAAAUCCUUACGCCAACUCUGCCAGGAGAUUUCUGAUGCCAAUGCAGUAGAGUGUAGAGUGGAUGAUAAUUGGGAAAAUGCUUCUGCAGCUGACUUAAAUUUGAUGCAGGAGCAGGCAAAGUUAAUUUAUUUGUUAGACAGGCUUCACUCAGAUUUAGAGCAGCAGAAAAGUGAGGUGUUACAGGACAAACUGCAAGCUUUGUGCGAAGAGCAGGAUAUUACAUUAAAGGAUGAGCAGGAGGCUGUUAAUCACACCUUAUGUCAGCUUCAGGAGGACAACAGCGUAUUAAGAGAAGAACUGGAGUGUGCUGAGCAAAAGAUUGUAUCUAUAGAGACUGGAAAGCAGAGGCUCCUGGAAGACAUACAGAAAAUUGAGGAUUAUCAUGAGGAACGGAUGAAAAAACUGGAAAUGGGGUUUCAAGAGAAGAUUAGGGAACUGCAACAGAUCCACGAAAAAGAGAUGAAGCACUUGCAUGGUCACUACACCAAGUCUUCCAAAGAGAAACAGACCAAAACCUGCACAGAGACACCUGCUUUGACUGAAAGUACCUCCUUCAUACCAGACCAGACUGCGGUGGCGAGAAAAGCAAUAUUGGCAGGUGGUGCAGCAGCCAUGAGAGAGGCUUACCAGAAAGAUCUUGAAAAACUUGAGACAUCCUGUCAUCAAGGUGUCACUGCUAUGGAGGAAAUGCACAGGCAGCUGAUAGGUAAUCUACAGCAGCAGCAUCAGACAGAGGUGGCAGCACUUCUGAAGGAGAAAGACAAGCUGCUGCAGGAAGAGACAUCUGCCACAAUGGCAGCCAUUGUAGCAAUGAGGAGAGCCCAUAAACAGGAGCUGGAGAAAAGCCGAUCAGCACAGCACAUCAAGGAGUGCAAUGACAUCGCACAACUGCGCAUUGAAUAUGAGAAGGAGAUCCAGUUGAUGCAUAAGGAGCUUGAGGUGUUGUCAGUUCAGCACACUCAGAGAUGCCUGGAAAACUCUCAGCUGAGCCAAGAGCUGCAGGAUGAGAAACAAGCUUUGAUGCAGUACCAAAAAGAAAACCAGGAGCUCAAAAAGAAGCAGAAAGAGACAGAUGAAAUGUCUCAGCUACAUUUAUCGCUAAAAGGACAACAAGCACAUGUUUCCCCUCAAGAAACCGACUUCUAUGAGAUGGAGGUGAUUCUGCGAGCAAGGGAGGCAGAAAUGCAGUUUCUCCGACAGGAAGCUCGUUCUCUCAGAGAAGAUUUGAAGAUUGCUCGAAUGGACAAAAUAUAUGCCCAAAACAAGCUGAAAGCCCUCUAUAUGAACAACCAGGAUGAACCCUAUCAUGAUGUCAACAAACUCUGUGAAGAUGUUAAGUUCCCCACUUGGUCUCCAUGCAAGGACGCCUCAGGACAGAGCAUUGAGGAAACUAUGACAAACACAAGUAAUGCUGCUCUUUUAAAGAAAACAGAGAAAUCUUCCCUCUCACGUCAGAUCAGAGGAGUGAGAUCAAAGAGUUUAAAAGACGGCCUCUCUAUCCAAGAAAGAAUGAAGUUGUUUAAGUCAUUCUGAUCCAAACAAGAUGAGAAGGUGGAUUAUAUAUGUUUCAG